AUGAGUGGUCUCGGCCCGGCUGCCUGUUGGCUCGCACAUAAACGUAUCGAAUCAUGGUCACGUAUGGCCAAAGAACGUGUCGGUGCUGUACGUCGGGUUACACUCGAUCGUAAUUCGGAAGAAAGUGCCACCACAUCUACAACGCCACCACCGCCAAUGACACCGCCUCCUUCUGCUUCGUCAGUUACAUCCACUACUAGUGGGAUUGGUAGUGGCGCGGGCAGUGUUAGUGACAGUUGUGAUUUGCCCACGGACUCGGAGGAGGUUAAUGUUACUAAAGAGUCACAACCAAUACAACCGCCAUCUACACUGGGUUCAACGCAUACGGUCAAUGCUGAAGUACUACACAGUCCCUUGCAUUUACACCAUCAGAGUCGUUCAUUUCCACCACGUUUGCAGCGCACACCUUCGAUAUCUAGCCAAAGCAGUAUUGACAGUGCACCUUCAAGGCAUUCGGGCCACCGAGGAUCUUCACCACAAAUACGCACAUUUGGGCCGGACGGACGUAGUUCUUUACCUAAUGAACCAGGUUUUCCACAUCAUUUGGCUCGCUCUCCAAGCCCAAUGCGUACUAUUUCUUUAGAUGCACGUUGCGGUAGUCCAGCUUCAACUGAUGUUAGCGAUUUACGUACUCCAAGUCCUUCACAAAAUAGUCUUGCAUCAUUGGCAGGCAGUUCAGCAUCGAAUAUGAAUGUUAAUUCAACAAAAGUAGGACGUUGCCUUUCUCCAUUGCUCAUACCACCACGGCCACAACCAGGUAUAGAUCCAACAAUUGGUCCAGCUUCACCACUUGGUGCACUACAACCUGAUUUGUAUCGUGUGCAAGAUGGUCCGAUUUACUUAACAGCACCAGAUUCAAGUCCAGCUCUGGGUCGUCUACAUCUUAGAGUGAAAUAUGAUUACCAUUUAUUUGAUUUGACAGUACAUUUGAUUGAAGCUCAUAAUCUAUGCCCUAUCGAGGAAGGCGGAUUUCGUGAUCCGUAUGUACGCCUUAUGUUACAGCCAGAAGUUGAUAAUCGCAAACGUCAAACACAUAUACACCAUGGUGAAUCAAAUCCAUAUUUUGAUCAACAUUUCAAAUUUCCAGUCUCACGUGAUCAAUUGCAAGGCAAAGAACUUAUUUUACAGGUUUUGGAUUAUGACCGAUACUCACACAACGAUAUCAUAGGCGAAGUACGCAUUUUAGUAGACGAGCUGGAUUUGUCUAAAUCGGUUGAGAUUUGGGGUGAUUUGUUACGUAUAAAGAAACCACAAGAGGACCGUCCUGAACUGUUGUGCUCGCUUAAUUAUUUGCCACAAGCCGAACGAUUAACUGUUGUUAUUAUGAAAGCCAAAAACUUGGACACUGUACAGGAACCCUACGUAAAGAUUUAUUUGAUACAAAAUGGUAAACGUGUCAAGAAGAAGAAGACUAGCAUUAGCAAAUCAGAUGAUCCAACCAAUCCUAUAUGGAAUGAGGCGUUUACAUUUAAUUUGCAAUCAAACUAUUUGCAUAAUGCAGCCAUUGAAAUAUAUGUAGUUGGCACUGGUGGCGAAGCUACUGAAAUUGGUAGUUGCGGUUUGGGUCCCCAAGAGCAUGGCACUGGUUGCCAGCAUUGGCACGAUAUGAUAAAUAAUGCACGUAAGCCAACCGCUAUGUGGCAUUUUAUACGUUAAAUAUUCCUUACAAAAUUUAUAAA